CGAUCAAUGAAAGGACUUAUUCACAUAAUAUUGUGAAUAGUUUAAUCGAAUUUGUUUUUUUAAACACAAAUGUCGAAAUGCGAUGGGACGGCUCACCAUGUCAAUCGACCAAAUUUAGAGAUAUUAAAGGCGAUGGUCCUAUUCGAUAUCCGGACAU